AUGGACCUUCCUCUAAUCUAUUAUGCAAAGGAGGACUACGUAGAGACGAAUUCUGGGAACAAAAUUUGCAAAGUUCAUUCAACAAAGGACAGCACCAUCUGUGGGACUCAAAAUAUAGUGUUAAAUGGGAAGAAUAUCGUUCAAAAAGAUGUGGUUGUUCGUGGCGACUUAGCUGCUAUUCGAAGUGGACGUUUCUGCAUUAUACGAAAAGGAACAAUUGUACGGCCAAGUUCAAAGAAAUUUAGCAAAGGAGUAACGCUAUUCCCUGUUCACAUUGGAGACCAUGUUAUGAUUGAAGAGGACUGCGUCAUAAGCGCUGCUCAAAUAUGCUCAUUUGUCCAUAUCGGAGCUGGCUCAGUGAUUGGUGGUAGUGCUGUUUUGAAGGAAUGCUGCCGAGUGUUGCCCGGAAGUGUUGUUGCUGCUGACUCUGUAUUUCCGCCUUAUAGUACUAUCGCUGGAAAUCCAGCUCGAAUCAUUGGACAGGAACCAGAGUGUACAGAAGACUUGAUGACAGAAGCGACAAAACAGUACUAUGACAACUUUCAACCGUCAAACGUUCCGAAAGCUUCGUUCACCUAA